AUGGACAAGCUCAAGGAAAAAUUCGCCACCGUCCGCGCUGAGGCUGAUGCCGCCAUCGUCCGUGCUGAGGAAGCCGAGCGUUUGAACACUUCCCUCAAGGAUGAGCUCGCUGCUAAGGAUCAGGAGGCUAUCUCUCUCAACAACCGCAUCCAACUCCUCGAGGCUCAGUUGGAGAAGGCCGAGAGCGGUGGCAGUGACUCCAAGACCAAGCUCCGUGAGCUUGAGUUGAAGGUUGAGGACCUUGAGCGCAAGACAAAGACUCUUGAGAAGGAUAACGAGAACUUGGAGACCAAGCUUGAGGAGGCUACCACCAAGCUCCGUGAAGCCAAGGCAGAGCUCGAGGAGACCCUCCGUGCUAUGGAUGACAUGUAAAAUUACCUUCCAACAUUCACAUAACAAAAAAAAAUCUGUCUCCCGUUUCUUGUUUUUUUUUUUUUUUUUU